GGACGCUCCAAUUACCUAAAAUGCUAUAAUGUAACUGACGAAACAUCGGCAGACAAUGAAGCCAAGUGCGUGGAUUUCCAUGCCAUCCCCACCCUCAAAGAGACAGAGUUUAGCUAGCUGGGAAACAUAAAUUUUUAAACUACUUGUAAAUUUCACAAAAACCCUUGUUGAGAAGGUAGUUGAAGGAAGUAUCUCUUGCACAUAAAAGAUUGUACAGAAACAUAAGGACAGCUAGUUUCUAAUUCAGAAAAUUGAUGAUUGCGGAUUCUAUUCACUUGCUAGAAGUGCUCUUCAUUCACGAAAAGCAUCCAACAGGUCAGCAUGUUUGAGUGUACAUACUGCUGUAGUAACCUUCCAAUCUUUAUGGGUGUUUAGAGCACGUUUUAUGCUGUAUGUAAGUCCCUGCUGCGAGGCAGAGUUUUAAAGGAUUCCACAUUGGGUUUUAAAUAAAUCUUUGGGAAGUCCAGGAUUGGCUCAGAGGUCUAUGUCUAUGGCUUCUUCCUGCUUUCUCCAAAAUCUGGACCAGAUACUGGUCUUUCAAAGGAUGGACAGAGUAACAGAAGACACCUUGCGCCUCAACCUCCUGAAGAGGGGUUUGGAGCAGCCCGAUGACCGAGAAGAUGUUCUGGCCAAGCAAUUAAAAAUGGAAGGCCACGAAGCCAUGGAAAGGCUGAAGAUGCUAGCUUUGUUGAAGAGGAAGGACUUUCCUGGUCUUGAGCUUUCACAUGAACAUCCGUCCAAACAGGAUGGACUUAAAAUGUAUGAAGAGAAGAUGAAUGGAAGCUUGCGGACUCAUGGAGACAGUCGAGCUGUAGGUAGACAUGGAAAGGAGAACAUCAAUGAAGAGCCAGUUGACAUGAGCUCCAGGCGGAGUGAUCAAGACCGAGGAGGACUAACACCUUCCCCAGACAUUAUUGUUCUCUCUGACAAUGAGGCAUCUAGCCCUAGAUCUGUCUCCCGUUUAGAAGAUCGAAUCAAGGUGGCAAACAUGGAGAUGUUCAAGGGAAAGAAUUUGGAAGAACGGCAGCAGUUUAUUAAGCAGCUGAGAGAUGAGCUGAGACUGGAGGAAGCCAGGCUAGUCCUGCUGAAAAAACUACGCCAGAGCCAGCUGCAGAAAGAAAACGUUCUUCAGAAGAAUCCAGUGGUACAGAAUGCAGCUACCAUUGUACAGCCAUCUCCAGCCCACGUGGGACAGCCUGGCUUGUCAAAGGUCCCAUCCCGACCAGGAGCACAGGGCUUGGAAGCUCAGAAUUUAAGGAAUAUGCAGAGUCAUAGUGUAAUCAGGACAUCAUCCAGUGCUCCGCUACCACACAUGUUGAUGUCCCAGCGAGUUAUUGCCCCCAACCCUACCCAGCUUCAAGGCCAGUGUGUGCCGCCUAAAACUAGUCUUAUCCGCAACAACAACCCAAGCAUGAACCAAGCCAUCAACUACCCCCAGUCUAGCUCUUCAGGCCCCUGCCAGCGCACUUCCUCCUCUGCCAUGUACAUGAAUCUCGGAUCCCACAUGCAGUCAGGACCUGUAAACCGCGUGUCUUCCCCACUACCCAGUCCAGGCGCAAUGACUGAUCCAGCCAGCUCGCAGGCGGCUGCCAAGCUGGCCCUUCGUAAGCAGCUGGAGAAAACACUGCUGGAAAUUCCUCCUCCUAAGCCACCAGCACCUCUCCUCCACUUCCUGCCCAGUGCUGCCAACAGCGAAUUCAUCUACAUGGUUGGCCUGGAAGAGGUCGUCCAGAGUGUCAUAGAUAGCCAAGGGAAAGGCUGCUCCUCUCUUCUGCACAUGGACCCGUUUACCUGCGCUCAGUGCCGUACAGAUUUCACUCCACACUGGAAACAGGAGAAGAGCGGCAAGAUACUUUGUGAGCAGUGCAUGACGUCCAAUCAGAAGAAAGCACUGAAGGCCGAGCACACUAACCGGCUUAAAAAUGCCUUUGUGAAAGCCUUGCAGCAGGAGCAGGAGAUAGAGCAAAGAUUACAACAUCAGGCGUCCAUAUCUCCUGGCACUCCUCCAGCCAUCUCCAACAAGCAGGACACCAUGAUCAGACAUCACACCCUGAGACAGGCUACCCAACCACAGAACACAAUGCAGAGAGGUAUCCCAACUGCCCGCUCCAUGUUGUCUAACUUUGCUCAGGCACCGCAGCUUCCUGUCGCUGGGAGCUUGCUUGGCAUGCCAGGCGUGAAUAUUGCGUAUCUCAACGCUGGAAUGGGUGGCCACAAAGCCACCAGCCUAGCAGAUCGACAACGAGAGUACCUACUAGACAUGAUUCCCCCGCGCUCCAUAUCGCAGUCCAUCAGUGGACACAAAUAGCCCACAUGCAGUGGGCUCCCCCUUCUCCCUUGGAUUAACAGGCGCUAAUCCCAUACCAACAUCACACAUCAUGUGGACAUUUCAGACACUAGGCGCCAUUUCAUCUGGCCCUUUCCCCAGAGAAGCUUAUUAAAAGAACAGUGUUGUGCUUUUUACCCUGUCUUCGGACUGGCUUUGUUGAUAUAUGUAUAUUAUUAUUUUUUUAUUAUUAUUUUGUUUUGAAUCUAUUGUUUCUGCUGGUGCCACAAGCUAAUAUUGUUUUGAAAACUCUUACCAUUGCUGUGGAGGGGGCCAGGGUUAAACCCUAAAGACUUGUUUGUUACUGUCCUUGCAAAGCUAUGGACUUGAACUACAAUAGGGUCCCCUUCAUUCAAGCAGCUGCCAAUCAUUUCAUGCAUUUCACUGACCGUCGAGAGCCCAUCUGAUUUUUGACACUCCCUGUGAACCCUUCCUUCUGCCUCCAAGGAACACACUGCAUUGUUUGCAUUUGCCAGAUCAAGGACAGUGGAUUAUUAAAAGGUCAUUACAAUCUGAAUUCUUAGAGGCUGAAAAUUCACGAUGUAUAAACAACUUGGACCCAAUAGAGGACAACUAUAAGAAUUUAGAAGAAGAGAUGUUGGCAUCAUCACAGCACAUAUUGGAGGCUCUGCCAUGCGGAGCAUAAUUUUCCGUUAAACGGAACAAGGAUUUCAGUAUUCCUUCACCCUCUUUUGUUCCCUGGGAGCCUUUCUACAGACCCAUAAAGGGUUUUCUCACCCACCAUCUCUUUUGCUUCUCCAAAGGGCAUGCCUAAGCUCCACCGUUAACUGCGUUGUUUCCUGUAGACAUGGUGGAAUAUUGAAUAGUUCAUAUAUCCAUGAGCUGUAUUUGCACUAAAUGCACAUCCAAGCUUCAGAGUUUGGGAUCAGCAUAAAACAUGAAGCCAGUGACGGUGUAUAGAGAAGAGCAGCCCUUCCGUUUUGUUAAGGACUACAACGCUGAUUCGAGCUUAAAGAAUUUAAGUUACACAGGAGGGAGAUGCACUUAAAUGAACUGGUCCUCCACUUUGUGAGGCCAAGAUCUGCUCUGGGCUCAUUCGGUCAGUUAAGCUUGAAGAGACGUAUUUAUGACUGGUGCUGCCAAGCACCUGGAUCAGUUGGUUUAGAUGUCAUGCACUGUCCAAACUUGUGCCAUCUUCUCCUAUGUAUUCCCUGUGCCUCGGGGACAUGCACAGGUUAAACAUACCCCGAAAAUUUUACUUACAAGAUGGACAUUGUUUGUCCCAAAAAAAAUAGCACUUAACACCUUUCACAUUGGGACACUCUGCAGAGUGCUUUUAAUGGAAAAAGAGAAAUGGUGGACCUCAGAUACAUCAGUGUUAA